AUGCCAUCUGGUUCUUGUCUCUUCCCCCAGGAUCGCUUCCGCCUUGUGAAAGGAACCGCAAAGGAACACCAUGAGACUCAUGAGAGCGGCAUGCAUUUGACUCUCCACUUCUGUGGGACCUGUGGCUGUUUGCUGUACAAGACAGCAGAUCGGAAGGAAUUUGAGGGUGGCGUGAUUGUGCUGGCUGGGACGCUGGAUGAUUCUCACGCUCUGGAUGAUGCUAAACCCGAGGCGGAAUUCUUUGUCAAGGAUCGAGCUUCGUGGUGGCCGGCGCUGGGUGAUGCGAAGCAGUUGCAGGGAUUUGACUGA